CAUUAACCAGCCCGAAACACAACCACAACCAUAUUCUUCGUAUAUGAAAAAACUCCCCAUAAACCCUUCUUUAAAGUGAGCCAUUUCUGUUCUAGGGUUUCCAGUAUCCCACAUUCGCCGUCGUCACAGCAACCAGCACCUCAAGAAGCGCAGAGAUGGCUAGAAUCAAACCCCAUGAGUUGAGGCAGAAGCCCAAGGCUGAUCUCUUGACUCAGCUCAAGGAUCUCAAGGCUGAGCUAGCUCUCCUCCGUGUUGCUAAGGUUACCGGUGGUGCUCCUAACAAGCUCUCCAAGAUUAAGGUGGUGAGAUUAGGGAUUGCACAAGUUUUGACGGUGAUGUCACAGAAGCAGAAGUCUGCAUUGAGGGAAGCUUACAGUAAGAAGAAGUUUUUGCCUCUUGAUCUUCGUCCCAAGAAGACCCGUGCAAUUCGUCGUCGCCUCACUAAGCAUCAGGCAUCCUUGAAGACUGAAAGGGAGAAGAAGAGGGAAAUGUACUAUCCCAUGAGGAAGUAUGCCAUCAAGGUCUAGGCUAGUUAAUCCACUGAAAUUUUGUUCAAACGUUUGUUAAACAUCUAAAAGUUGAGCUUCAGCUUAUGACAUUAGUCAGUUUUUUUCAAAUGUAUUGCGACCAUUUUGUAUUCUUGAGAACUGUGGUUGAGAUCUAUGAAGACAUUUUUAAAGAAA